GACGCAGCUGCUCUCCUCGUGGUCCAACCCGAACAUGACUCUGCUGAUGAAUCUCUGCUGAGACCGACCGGACCGGAAACAUGGCUUCGUAUCUGCAGAUCUCUGAUGACGAGAAGGGACACGAUCUGGACCUCUUCUGUGUCCCCAGACAUUACGAGAACGAUUUGGACAAAGUGAUCAUCCCCCACGGCCUCAUCAUGGACAGGACGGAGCGACUGGCCCGUGACAUAAUCCAGGAUAUGGGAGGACACCACAUCGUGGCUUUGUGUGUGCUAAAAGGGGGCUACAAGUUCUUCGCAGACCUCCUGGACUACAUUAAAGUGCUCAACCACAACAGCGAUAAAUCGGUCCCGCUGACGGUGGAUUUCAUUAGAGUAAAGAGCUACUGUAACGAUAAGUCGAUGAACAGCAUCAAAGUCAUAGGUGGGGAUGAACUUUCCAACCUCGCAGGCAAGAACGUUUUAAUUGUUGAGGACAUCGUGGAGACGGGGAGGACGAUGCAGACGUUACUUUCUCUGCUGAGUGAAUGUAAUCCCAAGAUGGUUAAAGUUGUGAGCCUCUUGGUGAAGAGGACCCCGAGAAGUUCAGGGUACAGGCCAGACUACAUCGGCUUUGAGGUUCCAGAUGCCUUUCUGGUGGGCUAUGCUUUGGACUACAAUGAGUACUUCAGAGAUCUCAGCCACAUCUGUAUACUGAAAGAAGAAGCCAAGGAGAAGUACAAAAUGUGAGCGUUCAAAGCGUCGCAGAGAUGAUGUCU